AUGUUAACUGUUAAUCAAACUACCCCCUCUUGUUACAGCGAAGACUGCAAGAAUAGACUGGGGACUUGGGAUCCACAAUUAUUUGAAGAUAUUACAUUCUCCAUAGAAGAAGAACAGGACCCCACAAAUCAAUUUGGAUUAUUGGUAUCCCGGUUGAAACUGGUGUUAGGGAGUGACAGGGGACUUACAUCUGAAGAAAUAGAUGCUGAUGUUAUUAUAAAAAUGAUGGAGCAGUACCAUAGCGAUGAAAGCGAAUGGGGCAAAUAUGCAUUAGCUGAUCUUACUAGAGGAUACUCCAGAAAUUUGGUGGUCAAUAUUAAUCAUAAUGCCAAUUUAUUGAUUUUAGUCUGGUCACCAGGCAAAGGAAGUGCUAUUCACGAUCACGCACAAGCUCAUUGUUGUAUGAAAGUUAUCAAGGGGAAAUUAAGAGAAUGUCUUUAUGAUCUUCCUGGAGAAGAAGGUCAACCAUUGGUGCUGAAGAAAGAAACUGUACUUGACAGAAAUGAUGUUGGGUAUAUCAAUGAUAGCAUUGGACUUCAUCGGAUUAAGAAUGAAUUAGAUGAUCAGAUAUCCAUAUCAUUACAUUUAUAUACUCCACCGUAUGCUGCUUUACAUGGAUGCUGCAUGUAUGAAUUCGAAACUGGGAAGAAACAUCACGUUAAUAUGUCUAAAUAUUAUGCUUUACAAGGCAAAGUUGUUGGAACAAAGAAUGCAUCAACUUGUUAA